AUGAUUGCGCCUGUACACCACGGGGUUCAGGCGGCAGUCUCCCAGGUGACAGUGGUUGGGCACAGCCCAGCGGCGGCGCCAUGGCUCCAGCGGCACGCCAUGGGCUGGGUGCUUGUGUUGUGGGGCUGUCUGUGGGGACUCCCUGUCCGGACCUCCUCGUCCGGGAGACCGCCUGUCUCGCGAGCCCAAGUGCAGAGCCACAGAGCCGUGCGAGAGCCCGGCAAGGAAGUGGUCGACGUGUUGCUGGCGGUGCUGCUGUUCUCCCCGUCACCGCCUCAAGCCCUUGGUCAACACGCCAACAAAUGCCGGGCGGACGGGCUGUCAAGAGGUGAGCUUAGCAUGGAGGACAGGUGUGCGUGCUUCUCCCAGCCCAACCAGAUCGCCAUGGAGUUCUACAGCCCCCUCUUCCCCAACCAGUACCCCAACAAUACCGAGUGCGUCCUGCGGCUGGAAGCUGAACACGGCUACUUCAUCCGCAUCGACUUCCGCGACUACUUCAAGCUGGAGCCCUCGUCGAAGUGUGAGUAUGACUUCCUGGAGGUGCGGGACGGCGCCCACGGCUACUCGGACCUGAAGGGGCUCUACUGCGGCGACGAUUUCCCGCCCCUCAUCACCUCCAAGGGCCGCUACCUCUGGCUGCGUUUCAAGUCCGACGAGAACAUCCAGCUGGACGGCUUCAGAGCGGUGUACCAUUUCGUCAAGAACCCAGGCACCCCGCGGCCGGAGGUGGCGCCGUGCCAGUUCGAGAUGUCUGGGCUGCAGGGCCUCAUCUCCAACGAGAACAUCACGGAGGAGCGGCUCAACUACACCAUCACCUACAACUACCCCAUCGACUGCACGUGGGUGGUGCGGGUGAGGCCCAACGAGAAGAUCUACAUUUUCUUCGAGACCUUCAAGCUGUACGAGCCCAACGAGUGUGACCAUAACUACGUGGACAUCUUCGGCGCCGAGACGGACCUGCGGAACCGACUCAGCCACUUCUGCGGCUCCGUGGCUGACCCGCUCACCAGCCCCUCCAACCUCAUCCAUUUCCGCUUCUUCGCGCUGGAACGAGCCCGCGAGACCCAGUUCCGGGCGUGGUUCUCCUCCUACCGGGACAGUAACUUGACGGAGGGACUCCCGCCGUGCACCGCCAGCGAAUUCUACUGCGACGAUGCCACGUGUGUCCACAAAUCCUUGAGGUGUAACAACAUCAAGAACUGCAAGAACGAGUACGACGAGGAGGACUGCAAUGUGCUGAACAACCUCAAGUUCAACAUCCACUCGGACCACAUCAUCAUCAUCCUGACGCUGGGCUGCGGGCUCCUCGGCGGGAUGUGCUUCGCCAUGUGCUUCAACUGCAUCAGGAAGCUCAUCCGCGACGGCAGGCAGAUCCACGAAAACAUCAGGCGGUCUCGGGAGCAGCUGGAGGAGCGCAGCCAGCGGAGCCAGAGUGUGUCGGCCACGUCCUCGCCGCAGACGUCGCACCGGCCGGCCAUGAACGAGGCGGGGCCGUGGUACAUCGCCGACGCCAAGAGCAACGGCCACCCCCACAUUAGGCCUGAGUCUGAGAGCGAGACCGAGGGCGAGGACGACGAGGACGAGGAGGAGCUGGACGACCUUGAGGAAUCGUGUGUAGAGAUGCGUGACUGCGAGUGCCAGACGAGAGACUCACUCCUGACGCAGAGGGACUCCGGCCAGACGCAACUGCCGAUGACGCCCCCGCCCCCUCCCCCCCCUAACAGACGCCCCCCGGGGCUGCCUCCUCUCAGUUCUGGCCCACCCCCUUCCGUUCCUACGCCACCCCCUCCCCCUGGCACCCACUACGGGAGGUCGCCGGUGGCUCCCUCAGACCACUACGGCACGUACGGGAGGGCACCGGCGCCCCGCCGCAACGACCCCUACGAGGUGGAGGAUCAGUCAGACGACCCUUACGGCCAGCGGUACCGGGCUGAGGCGGUGAUCGAAAUGAGGGAGCGAAGCCACUACGAGCCCACGAAGUCCCCAAAAACCACGCCCGACGUGCUCGCCACCCACUGAGUUGCAGCGGCCGUGACAAACAAGUGCAUUUUCUGCCCCGUCAGGAGACCAGCCUGACCAUUUCCCCCACAAAAGUCCGACUGUGGCGACUAACGACUCCCGUGUAGCCGUGCAGACAGCGGCUGCUCUCGAAGACAUUCACUGCUGAGGUUCAGGCGGGGCAAAUGAGCAGAACGCCUCGACCCUCCACACAACGGCCGGAUAAGGACUCGGUCCUGCCCACAGCUGCAAGAACCACCACUCUCACAAAGCGAGAGGAAGCUGAAAUAAGAUCAUACACUUUGAAUCAUACAGUAACUGUUGACAUUUUGUAAAGUUGAGCGUUUUGAGUGAGAAGCAGUUACUUGUGUGUUUGUAUUCAUGCGGCAUGACGGGUUACACAAAUGACAUCGUUGGGUAUACUGCCAGUAACAGUUGCUCGGGAACACUCCGGCCCCCCCAUUAUACUGCAGCUUGGUGUUAAAGAGAGUGCGGUAGGCUGCGUGGACUUUGAAUGAUGAAAAUACAUAAAGUGCAACAACUUGCUGCAACAGUAACGGAAAAGAAGCACCACAAGGCUUGGCGGGAGAGAAACAAAAAUAUCAGUAAAGCACACGACGCAGUAAUCAGUCGCACAGACCCUGAAGAUAUUUCAUCUUCAUCAUCGUCAUUGUUAAAGUAAUAUCUCAUUGAGUUGAGUAACUAUAGGGCAAAUCCAGCCGUGAGCCAGGACGCAUCGUGCCGGGCAGCACAGAGGCGAGACCUGCACACCGCCGCGCUGCGCCUUCCGCCAACACCGCCGUGCCCUAAACCAUCAUCAGUCUGUGCUGGCUGCCGCGGGUGGCUGCCAGCAGACCUGUGCUGCAGCUCUUCGUGGAUGUGGCCAGCAAAUCCGCUGCCAUGCGUUGUUUCAUGGUUACCAUACUGCCCAUUUGUGAAUUAUCUGGUUUUAGAAAGUUCCCAUGUUCUCACCCAUUACUGCAGCCACGAGUUUGCUGUCAUGACUCAACUGCCAUGCGUGUUAAUAUGGAUCACCUCCCAUGAUGUUGAUAUUACUAGUAAUACUGACCCACCAUGAGUUUGCUACCAUGAGCUUACAACCAUGAAUCACCCACAUACCAUUACUAAUUUAUCACUGUGUACAAAACCACCCAGAGGAGUGCUACUAUGUAUCACACACCGUGGGUCUGCUGCCCCCCGCCACCCCGAGCCGGCCGCCCCAGCACCGGACUUCCUCCCCCAGCCCAGGAGCCCCUCACCGACAGACCUGCCGUGAUGAAAAGCCAGGAGUGCCAGUGAUUCAUGGCGCGCAGCUCCAUGACAGUAUUCCAGACAGUAUCCUUCCAGCUUUACCCCACGAUGAGAGAGAGAGAGAGAGAGAGAGAGAGAGAGAGAGAGAGAGAGAGAGAGAGAGAGAGAGAGAGAGAGAGAGAUUGUUCACUCAUUCCUAGAAGUUAACCUCACGUAUACCUCAAUAGUUUUCGUUGUGUACAUCCAUUGAAUGUACCUUUGUCUUGGCAGGAAUCCCAAGUUUGAAUUAUUUUCAUCGUACCUUUGGGAUUUUUGUUCCCUGGUGUUCAAUUUACGGCGUCGGCGUUAGGUUCGUAGGAGUUUUGCCGACCGCCGGGUGCUUAGAGAUGCAAUGGAGACUACCAUGAGUAACUGGCAAUUUGUUAUAAAUAGUUGUUUUGCGGUAGACUUGCUGAUGGCGCCGGAUUGGGUUGCCUGUUAUGAUUAUUGUUAUGGGUGGGACGAGCGGCCGACGCGUCCACCACUGCCUGAGUCUCAUAAACAGUGAGCGUUUUAGUUGUGAAUUUGUAAAUAUUUUUCAAGAUUACGUUUUUUCAGACGUGUAAAUUAAGAAAUAUACUGCUUCGCUGCCAUCAUAUUAUGAUUGAAUUAGGCAAAAGUUUAGUCAUGAUUUGUCUCUGUACGACAUUCAAGGUCUGAUUCAUGAAAGUAUUUCUCCUAAUCUUCUGGUGAUGGACUUCACUGGAAGAGCAGUCAUAGAUUGCAUGAGUCAGGCCACUCGCCAUCUUAGUUAUACUAUUCGUGCUCACGGCCUGCGUGCUCACGGCUUGAGUUCUAUCCAGCGCUCGUGCCUCAACACAAGCUGCUGGAUUUUCAAUCACAACCAUUUUUAUUUAUUAGCGUAAGCUUGUGUUCAGGAAGCGCUGCAGGUUGAGACAAUGAUCAUGAGCGAUAUAUAGAUAUAGAUGCAGGAUGGCGUCUCGGGAGCCCGUGGCCAAGCUCUCUACGGCUCUGCGUGAGUGACUCCACUCGUUUGUUUUCUGUUUAAAUGUUUUUCUUGAGUUUUUACCUUGACAUGAAUGUAUUUUUUUCUCUACGUCGGCUUUCCUGCCACACUUUGCUUACAAUUUCAAAACUUUUUUGUGUGGUUCUCUACUGAGAGAAGUAUAGUUAUUCCUUUCGGCGGAGCAAGACUUAAAACGGGUAAGGGGGUGGGCCGGGGCCCAGUGCUCUCUCCACGGAGCUGCUGCUGGAGUGGGUGACGCGCAGGUGCCUCGUGCCAGACUUGUUUAGCUGCUUGAGGAGAAUCAUGCAACAGCAGCAGCGUGCACCGCGUGGCGGCCUGCAGAGGGAGCCCUGGGAGAAAGGAGGUGCAGGAGGUUCCAGUUGUGUACACGCAUUCGUGAGAUUCACGAACGACUAUUAGCAUUUUGUUUUCGGAACAGACAAUCAAUAUAGAUGUUGUAAUUGAGCCGGAGACACGGCUUGAAGGAUUUUAUACCUGUUCCUUUUGUUGAAUGAUAAAAGGCGCAAAAGACGAAAUGCUGAGAUGCAUUUAUGGCAUCGUGUACUGUUUCCUUGAGCGGCAAUGAGCGGGCGAAAAGGUGUACGGGAGAAGCUAUACAGAAAACCAAGGGCAUGCGUAGAUUUUUAUUACUUUACAUAUUUGGACAUCUAAUCGCAAGUGCACGUCAGAAAAUUCGAGUGCUGUUAAUCACUGUGUUGCUGUGGGGCACAACCUUCCUUCACCCGUGCCUGUAUACAGUGGUGAAGAGAGUUCCAAGGCAUCUGACAUGUGUUGCGAGGUGUUAUGAGAAGAGCGGGGCGGGAGCAAUCAUUUACUCGCGUCAUUGUUCUGCCGGUAACUCAGGUCCCGAAGGAACAAAGACAUGUGAGUACCAGCAGCCUUUAAGUUUUGGAGCCGCCUCGAUGAGGAGAACAGUAUACCUUGUCAAUAUAAACAGCUCAUUUGGGGAGCCGUUUCGAGCGCCUUGAAAGAUGUACUGUAAUAGUGGCGGGAGGUUGAAGUUUGUUAAAAAACGUGAAAUAUGCAAGCUUGAGCAAAUUUAUUCUUAUUAAGAAGGGGGCUCAAAGAAACCCACGUUCUGUUAGCUCUUUGCCUCUGGUAAACUGUGACCUGAGCACCAAAAGAUUAUUCAGUAAAUAUUUAUAUUUUUUCAAAAUGGCCCUGAGUUCAAUUUGCUGUUUAUCCUCGGCAUUAGUACGACAAUUUGAUCAGAAAUUGUUAAUAUUUUGUCCCUUGUUUAGCAUAAAAUGUCCUUUUCUCCCGUGUACAUAGUAAGAAAAUCUUAGUUCACCGUAACACUAACCAGGAGACGGAGGGCUCCUGCCCAGCCCCGGGCGGGCGGGAGUCGGGGCUCGGGGACGGGUUGUAUAUGAAGAACGACGGCCUUGCCAAGGUAAAGUCCAUCUGUGUUUCAUAUUGUUAUUAAAGUUACCACUUUGUUAGAAAGAAUAAACUAUUAUGCAU